AUGGACCGGCAAAAUGUAGAAUAUAUUAAACGCGAAGAUAAUGAAGAAUUUGACGAGUUUGGAAGGAAGAAAAAAAGAAGGAAGAUGGAUGAGGUCCACUUUGUCAUAUCGGUUCUCCUCAAAUUUUUAAGAUUGGAAAUUUAUCAGGACUUUUUGACAAUUCAACAGAAUCACGCAGUUGCUAUUAACAGACAAGGAGUCUGUUCUUGUUCGUGUAGCGGAGGAGAAUGUUCCUGUGAGGAGAGCGAAUCGGAAGAAGAAAGAAGGAGGAUAAGGGAGAAGGAGAAAGAAAAGGAGAAGGAUAAGAACGACCGAGACAGAGAAGGGGAACGUGAAAGGAGGGACCGAAGUAGAGGAAACGAAAGGGGUCGUGAGAGAGAUCGGCGUGGAAGGGAGCACUCGUGGCAAGCGUGUUUCUGUUUUCUAAAUUAUAAAUAUCGUGUGUAUAAAUUCUAA